CCGAUUGAAGCAGACUAUCGGCACAUUCAACACAUAAAGCCGGUGAGGCCCGUGCGCUGCCCCGUCCCAGCCCCUCUUUGAAUCCGAGCAGCUACCGCGGGACCAGUCACCCUCAUCCUCACAGACAUGGCAUCGGAUCACGAGGAGUCCGACGCAGAGCUCGACGAGAACUACUAUACGUUUCUGAAUUUGCCUCGGGAUGCCACCGCGGAGCAGAUCAACACGGCGUACCGAAAACAGAGCCGAAUCUUUCAUCCGGACAAGCACAUGGAGCCGGAGAGCAAGAAGCAGGCCGAGAUCAUGUUCAACCGCACCAAGAAGGCCUACGAGGUGCUCUCUGAUCCCCAGCAACGAGCAAUAUAUGACUCGGUGGGAGAGAAGGGUUUGCGCACCGAGGGAUGGGAGAUUCUCCAUCGGACAAAGACUCCGGAAGAGAUCCGGGAGGAGUACGAGCGGCUGGCUCAGGCAGCCGCCGAACGCCGACUGCAGCAGCGGACGAAUCCGCGUGGCAACAUUACGAUCAACGUAAACGCAACGGAGAUUUUUGCACCGUACGACGAUUCGGAAAUGCCACGUGUGGAAAUCGGUUCCAUGAGCAUUGCCCAGUCCAUUGAGGCGCCGAUAACGCGCAAAGAUAUGAUCAUUAUGAGUGGUAACUUGUAUUCCUCCAAUGGUAAUGGCAGUGGGGGCUUCGUGGUCGCAGGACGCCGGCUGCUCAACAAGGGCUGGCUUGAACUGUGCGCCGGAGCAGGAAAUGGCUUCCUAUUAGGGCUUAAAGGUGGCCGCACGCUUAGCCAAAAGGUGACACUGAAUGGGGGCACAAAUCUUAAUUUCCGAGACCACGGUGUCAUACCCGCAUUGUUUUCCACUCUGGCCGUGCAGCUGGAUAAGCACACGAUGGGUAGCCUCACUUUAAACGCCGGUCCACAGUCCUCUAUGUCCACGCAGAUCGAUCACUCGAAGGAAACGUACUCCGUGAGCUCGUCCCUAGUGAUCGGCACUCCACACGUGUACUUCGGGCUGUCUUACACCCGUAAGCUGAUGGAGAACGAGUUGAAGCUGAAGCUGGCUGCCAAGGUGGGAACCUUUGGGUUUAUGGGCGAGUAUGGAGUGGAGAAGAAGGUUUCCAAAUACAGUUCAGUGACGGCCACGGUUUCAGUUGGCGUGCCUUCCGGAGUAAUACUCAAAUUCAAAAUACUACGUUCAAAUCAAUCGUACGUGUUUCCCAUCCACCUGGCCGAUGAGAUUGUGCCUGCGGCCGUUUUUUAUGCCUCGGUGACCCCGGUCAUUGCGUGGUUCUUCAUAAAAAAGACUGUAAUGGACCCCAUGGAGGCGGAGCGCAAGAGUAUUGAGGUAGAGCGAACGAAGCGGCAGAACGAGCAAAGGCUUUCCGCAAAGCGGCAGGAGGCGAGUGCUGCUAUCCACCUAAUGCAGGCCACCUACCAUCGGAUUAUGACAGAGGAGCUAGCGAGGAAGGGCCUGAUUGUCACGCGAGCUGUCUACGGCUGCACGGCGGAAGGGGGCAGUCAGUUUAAGCCAGAUCAGUCGCUGGAUGUCACUGUGCCUAUUCAGUGUAUGGUUAAAGACGGAACCCUGCAUUUGCACGACUCCUCAAAGAGCGACCUGCCCGGCUUCUAUGAUCCAAGCAUCGGGGAGGAGAAGAUUCUGCGCAUAGAGUACACCUAUGAAAACCAGUUCAAAGUGAUCAACGUCAAGGACAAUGAGGCUCUUCGACUGCCAUUGCCAGGAUAGUCAAGCCUCGGUGAUCCACGCUGCAAUUAGUUUAAAUCUUCAGUUGUGUUUGUAACUUGUUUUUAUUCUUGAUAGAAAAAACCCAUUCCCAGGACUUGGGGGCAAAUAUCGAAUCUUCAAAUAUUUCCCCAGUUUACAAUACCACUCUGUAACUCGCUUUUUGUGGGAUGCCUAUAUGAUCCGAACAGCGCAAUAAACCAAUAAAACAAAGAAGUUCGGACUAGAGUACAAAAGUUA